GAAUGACAUGAAUAAGAGAAAUUUUAGGCGGUGAUCCCCUUUGCAUCCACCCUUCUCCUGACUUAUUGAAUCUAUUAAAAUUAUCUUCCCCACCCAAAUCUCCACUAUAAAUACCUCGACCCACUUCAUCACCAUUCGCACAUCCCUCUCUCUCCCUCCAACAACACUACAAAUCUAUUCUCUUGCUCUUUUUUGAGUGUCUUCGUUGAGAGAGAGAGAGAGAGAGAGUGACCGAAAAUGGCAUCAAGGACUCUAGCCACCACCGCCCUCCUCCUCUCCCUCAACCUCCUUUUCUUCACCAUGGUGAGCUCCACCUACUGCCCGCCGCCGCCGCACAAGCACCACCCCCAGCCGCCGGCAAAGGCCACGUGCCCCAAGGACACCCUCAAGCUUGGGGUGUGUGCCAACGUAUUGAAGAGCCUGCUGCACCUCGUGGUGGGGACCCCACCAAAGACCCCAUGCUGCAGCCUCGUCAGUGGCUUGGUCGAUCUCGAAGCCGCGGCCUGCCUCUGCACCGCCAUCAAGGCCAACGUGUUGGGCAUCAACUUGAACGUCCCGGUCUCGCUCAGCUUGCUCUUGAACUACUGUGGCAAGAAGGUGCCUUCUGGGUUCCAAUGUGUCUAAGCUAGGUCACAUGCAUGAGGGAUGUGCUCUACAUCUCUCUAUGGGUUCUUGAUCAGAUGAAGAUGGUUUGUAUUUGUUGUUGGAAUUUGGGGUUUGUGAGUGUUUACAUUAUUCAUGAGGUGUUGGUUUUGUUGUUCCAAGAAAUGUACUAAAUUACGUGUAUGUCACAGGGUGGAGAGAUCAAGAAACAGAAUAAGCAUGCAACUUAUGUUGAUGUCUUUCUUAUAAGUCAUAAAAUAAAAGGAAACUCAUCUUCCUAUA